AUGCGGUACUACCGCUCAAAUAUACUCAGCUACACCACUCCCCAACCCCGGACUCUCCUCUCGCAGUUUGAAUGGCUCACCAAGGAGCUUCACCAGGCCGAGCUCCACGGCCAGCGCGUCUGGCUCCUCGCCCACGUACCCCCGGGAAAUUCUCAUAUCCUCCCCUGCUACGACCGCGCUCUGCACCGAAUGAUCAUCCGCUUCCGGUUCACUAUCACAGCCCAGCCAACUUUGCCGGACAAGACAUCUGGAUCUCUUCCAGCCUCCCGUCCGAGUUGCGCCGGCCCCGCCUUCCGAAUCUACGACGUGGACCCGGCCACGUGGGAGGUUGUCCACUCUACCGUCUACGUGAUGGACCACCUUCGGGGAGUGACGGUUGCCCCGUUCUCCCGCAAUUCUCACCGAUGGUGA